UGAACAGAGGAGCUAAUCAUUGUUGGCCUUUCAAAAGCAUUUUGCUUACCGUCAAAAUGGCUGAAAUACAGAAAAGACUCCAAACUGAAGUUGAAAAAUUUCAAGCUGUUCAAAAAGAUUAUCAAAAACAUGUCAAUGUAAGACAACAAUUAGAUGCCCAAAUGAAUGAAAAUUCUUUGGUUAAAGAGGAGCUAGAUCGUGUAGAGGACGGUGCCAAUGUAUUUAAAAUGAUUGGGCCAGUCUUGGUCAAGCAAGAUUUGACAGAGGCCAAGCAGAAUGUCCAGAAAAGAAUAGACUACAUCAAUGGAGAAAUUAAAAGACAUGAUGGUGCAAUCAAAGAUCUAGAAAAGAAACAAGAGAGCCAGAGGGAAGCAUUAAGUAAACUCCAACAGCAGUUACAACAACAGCAGGUUAAAGCUGCUGCGCGGUCGUAGUCCACCUAUAGGACUCUACAUAAAAACAUUAACCAUUAUUAACAUCAUUUGUUUACUAUAUUUGAGGAUGUUCAGUAGAUCUAAGUUACUGUAUAAAAUGUGAAAUAAUGAUGGAAAUCAUUUGUGCAAUGUGUUUCAUACACAUUAGUUUGGUUCAGUGCUAACAACUACUAUGAACAAAAAUCUGAACAGUGAAUUAAAUUUGCAUCUUAUUAUUGUAACAUAAAAUCCUAAGUCUAUAUUAUAAUUUUCAAAUUAUAUCCCUACCUUUUAAAUACCUCCAGAAAAUGUAAAAUUUACAAGUGGUUUUAUUUUUACAUUGAAAUAAUUUGAUACAUCAGUUAAGGAUUAUUUUACUGUACAAGUAAAAUGUGAAAGUUUUUGAUUUUUCUUGCAUGUAUUUGUCAAUAUACAAAUGAAUGUGAUGAACUGAUGAUGACAUUA